GCGAGCACCGGCCGCGUUCGGCCUCCUCGACGGCGUCUCGGGCGCGGCCGGCGCGGCCCUCCGGGCGGCCUUCCCGCUCCCCAGCGCGGAGGGCAAGCCGCCGCACCUGAUAGGGUUCUACGCGGAGCAGUCCAUGGAGGCGAAGCGGAUGAAGUACCUGGGCGGGCUCAUCGAGAAGGAGAGCUCGGGGUGAAGAUCGUGUGGCUGGAGGCGUGGGAGAACCCGCUCAACGAGCGCCUGCGCGCCGCGAUCGACAACAAGAACCAGUGCGGCGGCGUGCCGUACCUGUUCAACCGGAAGACGGGGAAGGUGCUGUGUGGUGUCCAGUCGUACGACAAGCUGCGACUUUGGGCCCAGGGCCUCGGCGGCGACGCGCGCAUCUACCGGGACAUCGGCGGCGACGACGCGUGA